ACAGACACAUGCGAUAUGCGCAUGCGCAGUCAUCCGAGCAGGAGUCUGCAGCGCGCUUGGAAUAUGAGCAGCCCGCUCGUUGUGUUCACGGUGACAGUAGCCCUGCUCGGUGUGCACGUGCUGCACGGCCUCCCGUACUCUUACCUUCAGCCAAGGAGCCAUCAUGGAGUCAAGACAGAGACGUUCAGCGAGAAGUACUUCACUCAGACUGUGGACCACUUCAACUUCAACAGCAUGGGGAACGGGACGUUCCUCCAGCGGUACCUGAUCACAGAGGAGUACUGGACGCAAGGCUACGGUCCCGUCUUCUUCUACACCGGCAACGAGGGCGACAUCUGGGAGUUUGCAGCCAACUCUGGCUUCAUCACAGAGCUGGCUGCUCAGCUCAGAGCCGUGGUCAUAUUCGCUGAACAUAGGUACUACGGCACAUCUCUGCCGUUUGGCAAAGACUCGUUCAGCGUCCCUCAGAUCGGCCUGCUGACGGUGGAGCAGGCCCUCGCUGACUACGCCGUCAUGAUCCGGGACCUGAAGCAGCAGCUGGGGGCCGCAGACUGUCCCGUCAUCGUGUUUGGUGGCAGUUAUGGUGGGAUGCUGUCGGCCUACAUGAGACUCAAGUAUCCGAACAUGGUGGCUGGAGCUCUGGCUGCCAGCGCCCCCGUGCUGUCCACUGCGGGGCUGGGACACUCCGGCCAGUUCUUCAGAGAUGUAACAGCUGAUUUUGAGAGCGUUGCCUCUGAAUGCAGAGAUGCUGUGAGAGGAGCCUUCCAUCAGCUGACAGGACUAGCACAGCACCAAGAUUACAGUCGCAUCCAGUCCGAGUUCUCGCUGUGCAAGCCUCCAUCAUCUGCUCAGGACAUCCACCAGCUGAACGGGAUGCUGAGGAACGCCUUCACUCUGCUGGCCAUGCUGGAUUACCCGUACAGCACUCACUUCAUGGGGAGCAUGCCCGCCAACCCUGUCAAGGUAACAGCAGAGCAGUCACACAUCUGGUUAACAGCAGCACAUCUGCCCAUAUAUCUGUAACAAAACAAGUGAAUAUUAGAGCAGCGUAUGUUUAAAUG